AAAUGGACAGAAAAAAAUAAAAAAAAAUAAAGGAGUGACCAAAACAGAAAGUGGAGCAUAAUUGCUGAUCUGCAGUGUAAUUUACCAAACUUUUAAUGGGCAAAAGCUUCCCCUAUGCUUGCCAUAUAACUCCCCUUAAGCAGUAGUUUAGUCGUCUCUUUCUCUGGGCAGCUAAUUCGGUGAUCCCAAAGAUUCAGCCCGAGUCAUAAACUCGGAGCUCGAACUCAAUCACAGAGAGAGAAAGAGAGUCGAUUUCCUUUUCACAAAACAAUUAGAAGAAGAAAUCUUUUAUUUUCUGUGAAUUUCUCUUUCGGCACUCUCUGCAACUGCAAUCAUGACCUCAAUUGUGCAAGGCUUUUCCAAGUCUUUGGCCAUGACUGUGCUAUCGGAGAUCGGCGACAAGACGUUCUUUGCUGCCGCGAUCUUGGCAAUGCGCCAUCCCAGGAAACUUGUCUUGUUAGGAUGCCUGGCAGCUUUAAUUGUGAUGACUAUUCUUUCUGCUGUUGUUGGCUGGGCUGCUCCAAAUCUUAUCUCUAGGAAAUGGACACAUCACAUUACGACUCUGCUUUUCUUUGGAUUUGGCUUGUGGUCUUUAUGGGAUGCAUUUAUGGAGAAUGGGGAGGCUGAAGAAUUGGCUGAAGUUGAAGCAAAACUGGAUGCUGACUGGAAGGCAAACCCAGGAACAGUCAAGGGGGGCAAUAAGGCUGAUGAUGAUUCAAAAAAGGAGAGGCAGCCAUUUCUUACACAGUUCUUCUCUCCCAUAUUUCUGAAGGCAUUUUCCAUCACAUUCUUCGGUGAAUGGGGCGACAAGAGCCAGCUUGCUACUAUUGGUUUGGCUGCAGAUGAGAAUCCAUUCGGUGUGGUUCUUGGUGGAAUUUUGGGACAAGCAGUGUGCACCACUGCUGCUGUACUAGGAGGAAAGAGUCUGGCAUCUCAGAUAUCUGAGAAAAUUGUUGCACUCUCGGGUGGAGUUCUUUUCAUUGUUUUUGGAAUCCAAUCCCUCCUCUCAACAGAGUCUUGACGACUUACUAAUGGUUAGUUCUGAUUUUUCCAUCAAGAAAAUUGUUCACUAGGGUUGGGGUACUCCGUUGGGGAGGAGUUGGCACUUAGGGGAAUGAUUGCUAUGAAUUCUUUAAUGUUUCACAUAAACCCGGUGAAGAUCCUGAAAUCCAAAUUGACCCGCUGUUUUGUUAUUACAUUUAUAAUUUUUCAUACCUGCCUGUCCUCUUCUCAGUCCAGGCACAAUGUUGUCUUACACCCAUUAGAUUGGCAUGUGAGGCCGUUGAAAUGAAUAAUUUGUUUUGGAAUAUGUGUUUUUGCCUGCAGCAAAAGUACUACUGCGCGGUCAAAUACAUGGACGUGCUGUUGCUUGGUGCUGUAUAUAGUCUGUAAUGGAUAUUUUUGCUUUCUGUUUAUUUAAUCAGGGAUCACUGUAGAGGGUUCUUUUGGUUGAGUAGAGGUUACAAAUUAGUAAAAUGGAGUGUCGUGGAUAAAUGGUGGGGAGGAAGUCGGAACAGACUCUAAAAAACAAGUAUGGCGGCAAAUAGUUGUGAUGAGCUGAGAAAGAUUAAAGCAA